AUGAAGCUGUUGUUAAUCUGGUUCUGUAUCUCGUGUAUAUUUUCAUGCCAUUGUGCACAUUUGGACCCCACUGCGAGCUAUGACGUAAUACUCCACCAGGAAGAAGAUGCGCUGAGCGGAGAAUUUUCGGAAGGAAGUGGUCAGUAUUUAACGUCGGAUUAUGACGACACCGUUACCUUCGAAGAUUGGUUCAGAACAACGGCGAGUCUUGGUGAAAACAAUGUAGUUGAUGAGAGCAGUAGCGAAAUACCUCAGGAGUUAGGUCUGUUGAGUGAAUUGCCUAUCAUGGAAGCAGAAUUGUUCAAGGAUGCAGAUUGGAUGGAGUCAAAGUUAAGGAUCGAACAUACACCAUAUUCUGCUCUGCUCUAUCAGGAGGAUGAAUUUGGGCUGGAGUUCUUGUGUCCAGGAUACUGGUUGAGAAAGGAUAUGUUACUGGUCCGCGGAGACUGUUGGACGAAGGAUAUGGAUCUGAACAUUGAAGAUACGGUUGACGAAGUUUUCUUGAAAAGUGAUUUAAAUUUAAUGAUUGUACAUUUGCUUCCAAAUUUAAGUCAUUCUGAGGAACAAGAACCACUACAUUUGGCAAUCAUUCCAGAACUUAUCCCUGGGUCCAUUAACGAUUGUACAUUGUAUGUUCUACAGGAAGAUUACGCAUUAUUUGAGUUAUAUUCCUGGGCCAUCCAACCGUUGCCUUUCAAACGUGCAAAGGGAUUGUGUGGCGAGAAUCAUAUCUGUCUACGAACACGUGCAUCAGCUGCGUACGGGUUGGAUUAUGCGCUACUUUGUGGUCAAUCGUUUGCCGGUAUGCUAACCACGGAUCGAACGAAAUACGAGCGAGUAUUCGGAAAAUUAACCCUUAUGGACUUAUCGGUGGCGAAGCCUUGGAUUGAUCAAGUAUUGGAGGAGACCGAAGGAAAAAAUGAAGCCUCAGAGGAACAUGCUACCACAUUCCUUUCGCUUUCUUUAACUCCGAUGCCACCAGCUGAGAUGAAUAGCCAUGAUGGUGACGGUAUUUGA